CGUCACGACACACAAUGGCAGCCAGUGGCACAGCUGUAACGGUCCUCACUCCAAAUGGGAGAAGACAAACCGUGAAAGUGUCCGCUAACACACCUUUAUUACAGGUACUAGAGGAUGUCUGCAAAAAACAUGGAUUUAAUCCGGACGACCACGGUUUGAAGUUUCAGAGGACUACUGUUGACCUCACGCUGCCAUGGAGGUUCGCUAACCUGCCCAACAAUGCUAAACUGGAAAUUGUCACGAGUACGAGGAAACAGGCUGCAGCUGAUAGCCAGGUGCGGAUCGCCCUACAGAUGGAGGACGGCUCCCGGCUGCAGGGCUCCUUCUCGUGUGGACAGACGCUGUGGGAACUGCUCGCACACUUUCCCCAGAUCAGUGUGUCAGAGCUGUCAGAGUCCGGAUCCACGCCUGUGUGUGUUUACAUGAGAGACGAGGUGAGUGGGGAAGAUGCACUUAAGAAGACAUCUCUGAAGUCUCUGGGUCUUACAGGAGGAAAUGCCAUCGUCAGGUUUUUACUCAAAAAGAACAAACAUCCGGAAGAGGAAGAUGGCUCAGAUGCCACUCAAACAACUGCUAUGCCAACAUCAUUUGUUGCCAAGGAAACCACACCUUGCCCCUCACCUCACCUGGAUGCUACUGCAUCACGUGUGGAGACGUCGACAACAGAGGUGCCAAUUAAGAAUUCAGUCCUUAAUAGGCCAAUGGAAACUCAAUCUACGCCAGCUACCACCUCUGCAACAAGCGCACUUCCUGUUCAACAGGAAGAGGUUCAAAACUCCCAAGAGGCUGUGCGGACCAAGAUUCCUCCUGUCGACAGAGGAGUUCCCGAGGAGGAUGGCGAAAAAGCAGGGCCAUCAGGACUGAACUGUCACUCAUCUUCAUCCUCCUCCUUUGUCACUCCCUCAGCUCCUUCAGCUCCUUCAGCUCCUUUCAUUCCCUUCUCUGGAGGCGGUCAGCGCCUCGGGGGUCCGGGGGGAGGUACAGGGGGGCGCUCUUUAUGUUCAUCCUCAUCAGCAUCAUCUCUGUCAGCUAUGACUGCUGCAGUUGAGUCACCCAAAGCCAAGAAGGCCAAAUCCAGCCACGGCAGUGCCAAGGGUGUAAUCACCGCCAACCAGCCAGACGAGGACAUGGAACAGGGGGAGCAAUUCUUAGAGCCUAUAGAGAGGGAGUCCCUCAUCUACCACCUGGACAUGAUGUCCAGAAACUCGGAGGACCACAGAGAUCUGCCAGACGAGUUCUUUGAGGUGACGGUGGAUGAUGUUCGCAAGCGCUUCGCCCAGCUGAAGAGUCAGAGGAACUUACUGGAGGAGGCGCCACUGAUGACUAAAUCUCUGAGAGAAUCACAGAUGAAGGAGAAGAUGAAGCGAUAUCCAAAAGUAGUCCUGAGGGUCCAGUUUCCAGACAGACAUGUUCUGCAGGGCUUCUUCAGGCCCCUGGAGACAGUUGGUGCUGUGAGGCAGUUUGUGAGGAAUCACUUGGAGAAUCCCCAGCUCAGUUUCUACCUGUUCAUCACACCUCCAAAAACGAUCCUGAACGACACUUCAUCUACACUGUUUCAGGCCGACCUGUUUCCUGGAGCUCUGGUAUACUUCGGUUCAGACGCUAAGACAGAUUUUUACAUAAAGAAGGAGCUGCUUGAAUCAUCUGUCUCUGCAAUGCAAGCUAAUGAGUCCAUUGCGAGCUGCAUGCUCCGGUCCCCGUCACCUCUCAUCGGCUCUUCUACUUCUGAGGAACAGAUGCCUCCUCCAGAGGAGAGGCCUGACACCGAACAGGACAAGCCGGACCCAUCUGCACACACUCCGGCUGCUAAACCCAUCAGAUCUGACCCGGGCAAGGUGCCAAAGUGGCUCAAGCUUCCAGGUAAAAAAUAAGGUCAAUCUGCGAUAAUCUGCUGCUGCUGUGAGCUGACUUACCACGCCAGGCGUCUGACGAGCUGUUUGCAGACUGACUGAAGCACUUAAACCUUUGACUGCGCUUUGAUAAAGGCUCAACUUUGAAAGUGAAGCGGAUGAAAUCCACCGUAGGAGAAGGCUGCUUUUUUUUCUGGGGUAUUAAAAUGG